GGAUCCCUGGGUAAUAGCUCCGUGUGUAGCAUGGAUGUGUCAGAUGUCUCACCUCAGGCUACCCCCGUGGAACUUGUUGGUCCAUGACGUCGGAUAUUAUUCCAUAAUGAUGCUUACAUUCGUUUAUAUAAACGUCCUAUUGUAGCCCAGGAUGUUCGAAACUGCGAAUGAACGCUGAUUUGACGGCAGAAGGAAUCACUCGUUAAUUGUCGUCCUCCAUCUCACUCGUUGAAGAUAUGAAUUACCUUGCAGCAGUGGCUGUUUUGGCUGCCGGGGUCAAUGCGUUUGCUAUCCGAGGGGAUACUUGCUGCUUCGAAGUUACAGCUUCAGGUGGUACUUCGGGCUCUGUUGGUCAGUUGAGCGAUGGGCAAAAUCGUAUCGGUGGCGGUCUGCCUCCCGCAACGUUUUGCAUCAACUCCAGCGGGGUAAUUACCGAUAACAAUGGGCGCGCGUGCAUACUCACACCUCCAACAUCUCAGUUGCAGUGUGACACUGGUGCGACUGGUACACCUGGCUUCUCCGUUUCCUCGUCCGGGGAACUGGAGUUUAACGGAAACAUCAAUUUCAAGGCCUGCCAGACUGGAGACAAUGGCUCAUUCAACAUCUACUCUAACCCUCCAAGCGGCGAUGUCACUGGGUGCGUGGAUGUGACGCUGACGGCCAAUGGAUGUCAGGCCCCCUCCUCUUCGUCUGCACCACCCUCACCUCCGGCCACCUCUGUCACUGUGGUCACCGUCACUGAGACAGUAUGCGCUAUCUCAGAAAGCAGCAUUGCUCAGCCAACCUUACAUUCCACUUCAUCUUCUCCUGGUCCUCCACAUGGCGGAACUUCCUCUGCCCCUUCCCCGCCUACUGAGACUGCUUCUUCCUCCAGCGCUCCCUCCUCAUCCAAACCAUCAAGCUCCCCAACCAGCAGUGGAACUGCUUGCCCGACAACUUUAUCCAGUGGUGGCUUCGAAUUCCCUCACUUAAUUGUGCCAAUCAACUCGGCUUCCCCGAACACCGCCACUGGUAGCCAACUGAACGGAGAAAUUAGCACCACCGUUUCGAGCAUCUUUAAUUUUGAUAUUCCAGGCUCUGAUUCUGGCAAGUCGUGCAGCUUGAUAUUCCUACUUCCUGAACAAUCACAGUUGCAGACAUCCUCGUUCACAUUUAGUGGGGAUGGAAAAGUCGAUAUCUCUGAGCUCAGCUCCCCUGCCACCGAGUCCACAACAUUCAACAAUGCCCCGUCAGUGGAACAUGACUUUGGUGAAAUCACCAUUGCGCCGGGUAAUUCGUAUCAUAUCGCCUCCUUUACCUGCCCUGCCGGUGAACGCAUCGGUUUCGAGAUUGAGAAUGCCGGGUCAACUAACCUAACUUUCUUCCAAGACUUCAACCCUUCUCCAAUCGGUCUAUAUAUUACUACCUGCUAGUUAAUUCAGCCUAGUCUAUUAACUACACACAACUUUGAACUAGUAAUUAACAGGUUAUGAAACUUGCGAGCUAUAGCCACAAAAUUUCAUAAUUCAAAAAUGCGUAUGAACCUCACGACUUUCCCUCAAGUGUUUGUAUCAUACACCCGACGAUGGCAUCGGAAUAAUCCCAAGAAAUUGUUAAGAACAGCGAUUCGCUU